GUGACGUCACCCGCCCUGGUCCCGGGGUGCGCUGCCGCUCUCCAGUCCCGUCUCGGCGCACAAACCCACUCCGGUCGCCGCCUCGUCGCUUCCACUCAGCCAAGCGGUGCGACGCACGUUACGCUGCUGCGAAGGUGCGCGGCGGACCACCCGGCGUUCCUUCCUCCUCCUCCUCCUCCUCAUCCUCUUCUUCAUCGCCCUCUCCUCCUUCUACUCCACGCCGCCUGGCUGCUCGUCCCACACAACGGGGAACUGUUUCCACGCUGCCCGAAGAGAGACGGGAGGGAGACCGCGGAGAUGCUGAGGACGGCCGGCGUCCUGGUCCUGGCGGCUCUGGCGCUGAGCGCCGCUCGCACCAAAGUGAACAAGCACAAGCCGUGGAUCGAGACGUCGUACCACGGGGUGAUCACUGAAGACACCGACGUGGUCCUGCUGGAUCCUCCUCUGGUGGCCCUGGACAAAGACGCCCCCGUCCCUUACGCAGGUACGCUCCAUUCAACAGGGGGGGGGGGGUUGUUGAUCCGCAUAGGGAAGCGCAGCUGCAGGAUGUGCUUAUGAACCGUAUAAAGUCAU